UGUACUCGUUGCAGACAGCUGACUCGCUCUGACGAUUGUUUUUACGUGUUUGAUGUUUGCCAAUUGCAAAAUAAGCUUUAAAUACGACGCUUAAUACGUGUUUCCUGUGGCGUUUUCGCCUUCAUAUUGUACUGUCUCACCUACGCCGUCAGCAGAAGCGAAAGCUAAAUUAUAUAUACCAGAUGUCAGCCACUUUGGUGUGUGCCAAUUCCCAAAAUCAGCAGUCUACGCAGGUGCCCGCUUUACCAAUUCAGCAGCAGCAGCUUCUACUACGACAGCAGUUGCUGGGCUGCGAUGGGGCAGCCACAGUUCCCAAUAUGCUGAUUGAGGAUGAGGUUCAUGGUGUCAUUGAAAUCCCAAGCCACAUUGAGGAGAUUCUGAAUCAUGAGAUAUUCCAGCGCCUCAAAAGAGUUAAACAAACGGGCUUACUGUCAUUGGCCGUAAAUCCAGCGUCUACUCAGACGCGGUACGAGCACUGCAUUGGUACAUACAAAAGCGCGCAAGAUUUGCUGACUGCCCUGAAGCGAAAUUCUAACUAUGAGCGGGAACUGCCAGAAUGGUGUCGACAAUCGGUAGAGAUUGCGGCGCUGCUACAUGAUGUCGGACACGGUCCAUUUUCGCAUUACUGGGAACAAGUUUGUGGUAAAAGCUUCGAUCAUGAGCAAAACGGUCUUGUCUGCGUGGAUAAGAUAUUUGCUGACAUGAAAAGCGAAAUAUUGCGGUCUCUUCGCGAUGACAAUAACGGGCGAGGUGUUCAAUUGAUCAAGGCGCUGAUUCUGGAUAAAAGUGAGUUGCUCACUUAUCCAAUGAUGGGACAUGGCUACCUCUUUGAUAUUAUUCACAACAGUCGCAGCGGUCUCGAUGUGGACAAAUGGGACUAUCUACGGCGCGAUAACAAGCGCCUGAAGUUGCUGAGCGACGAAGAUAUGCAAUUCGAUGACGUCUUCCUCAAGGCACGCAUUGCACCCGAUGGCCAACGCAUUGAGUACCGUUACGACGACUUUCAUCUGAUAUAUAAGCUCUAUAUGGCACGGUGGCGCCUCCACAUAGGUGCCUACCAGCAGCCCAAGGCUCUGGCCUUCGAUUACAUCUUGUGCAAGAUUGUACGGCGCUGUAAGCCACACCUAUUGGAUGUGAGAGCUGAUUCCAAGGAGUGGCUAGAUUUAUAUGAUGAUCAUGUACUGCAGUUGAUAGACUGCGAUCCCCUAACAGUUUACCUACGUUCACCGGAACGCUGGAUUGAGUCAGCUCCCUGUGACGGCAAUAAUGAGGAAUGUGUGUGCGUGCUACGUAAGAAGACGGCGCCUGGCGUUGACAUGCAUUCCGAUGAGUCCUAUCCGCUGUAUGGCGACCCCAGUAAGAAACGCAGCUUUGAUCGACUAACCACUCCGACCACAAUCAGCGCUUGCUAUACUUUGCAAUAGCCACACGUCAACAGCGAGACUCAAUA